GUUUUGAUUUAAGAGCUGCAAGCUUCUUGUGCAUGAAUUGCAGAGAGAUAACAGACGCUGACAAAAACGACUAUAUUUUUUUCUGGAUUUUGGCUUGCACGUGCCAAAACAUCUAUCAGUUAUCUGUUUUGCGAAGAAUUAUUUACCAUGUGGUAUCAUCUGAGGCAUAAAUCCCCUUUGAAUUCUGAAAAAAUGUUUAUCAAUACCAAAGAAGAAAUUUCAAAGGAAUCUGGGAGAAGUCCAAUUGUGAAUGACCUUUUGUUCUCAAGGGCCUUUAAGGAAUGGGAGCUUUGUCGCUUGAAUAUCAAGGUAAAAAUAAAGAACAUGAGCACAGUGUCUUAUCCCCCUUGUGGGAAAUCUCCCGUAAUGGGCUCUUCAAACGGGAAUGUCAAGUUGAAACGCCAUGCCUCUGCUGGAAAGGUUCUAAAUCCACAAAACGAAAGAGAAAGCAUCCAAGAAGAAGCACUGAGGUUUGGUGACUUGGUCAUUAAAUCGGACAAGGACGUAGCAAAUUUUCGAAACAGAAUUUACACCAAAAUAAAAAAAACACAAAAAAGGAGAUGUGCGGAGGCUCAGCUUUUAAAGCUGCGAAGGUGGAUUCUUGUAAAAGGUCAAAAUCCGAUGAGACCGGUCUUCUUCUCAGUGUCUGCCGUCAUGGAAUAGGGCUGGGUGCAAUCAACAUGCACGAAGGGGAAUCUAUGACAUACACUUUAUUUCUCCAAAAACUUGUAUUUGGAUUGAACUGCAAAUUUUUCUGCAAUGAUGUCAUUUGCAGUUACGAAAAAUUUGUAAGAAAAGUGGCUAUAGCUUUUCCGGAGUAUCAGCAGAUGACAAGUAAAAUGAAAGGCAUUUUACCCAGAAUGCACGCCAAAGCUCAUCAUUGGCCGUGUCCGAUUCUCUAUAACCCCCACUGGCAGAAAGGAGCUGGUCUCACUGUUGGCGAGGAGCACGAGCAAGUUUUUUCUAAACUGUCUCUGUAUGGUAAUGUAACGAAGCAUAUGAGCAAAGCAAACCGGAUGGAUUUACUUUCUGCUGCAAUUCUGUACUGGAACUGGGGUAAAAUUGAAAGAAGGCCUUCGAUUCUCAGUAAACGAUUAAAAAGGGCUUCGAAGUGUGUAGCGGUAUAUAAUGAUAAGUUGACCUCUCUGUUGAACUCCAAUCAGUGUAACAUUGAAGAUCUUCCAGAAAUCUUAAAAGAAUUGAAAACAAAAUCCCUGGCUUAUCUUGGAUCACGACAAAACAGAAAGACUCCUUUUAAUAAGCAGAAACGAAACCUUGUGGGGCUUUUCAUUCAAAUGAAGAAUGUCUCUUUUUUUAUCUCCACUCAAGCCGGUGACUUUACAAAAAAAAUCUUACUUAUAAUUUUCCACAGUUAAUUGUUAAAUUACAAUUAACAAAAUUAAAAAUUACAGACAAAGCUUUGUCUCAAGAAGCAUUUGCGGAAGUGGAUACAUAAGCCAUAAAAAGGGUAUGAAAAAAAUUCUAU